UACUGGGGCCGCUGGACCACUCCAGUCGGGGUCUGCUAGGAAGGCGCGGGUUCGCCGAGCCCUACUGGGGAAAUGGUCUCCACCUGACCGCUUGCAGGUUGAGAAGGGGCCGCCGUGGCAAGGUGGCAGGCCAGCGCGGCGCGGUGCACCGGCGAGAAGGGGUGCAUUGCGUCCAGACCUGCUCCUGAAUGUCUGACCCGGAGAAUGAGGAGAGGCUUUUGCCACUCGCCCAGAGAUGGCCCCGAGCGAGCAAGUUCCUACUGUCCGGCUGCGCGGCUACCGUGGCCGAGCUAGGUACCCGGCCGCCCACACCUGGGCCUCCUCGGCAAGUCGCCGCGCCGUGGCGCUGGGGGAGGGAUGGGCGUGCUGCUUUGCUCCAGGCUGAGUGCUUCCCAAGAGGUUGCGCCCUCUUCUUGCACGCCUGCCUGGCGGAUGUAGCAGGGUGGAGGCAAGGCCAGCUUUGGGAGAAGGGAUUGGAGGUCUCUCAGGUUCUUUCUGUCCAAUUUCGUCUAAUCUCCCUUAGAGAUGUGUUGUUGUGUCCGAAUGUAUACUUUUAGAAGCUUCAUGAGCUGUCAUUCCUCGCUACGAAUCAUUUUCCUUUUGGUAAGGUUGGCCUUUUUAAAACAUACAGUUUUCAUCCUUAUGGGGAUCGCCUCUUACAUGAUUUAUAUGGUUAGUCUCAUUGUGUCUUUUGAAGCCAAGUUGUGGAUCUACCUUGUGGGACUUCAGUUAUUAACCAUUCAUUGUUGAGCAUGGAUUUAACAUCCAGUUACCUGACCUCUUUGAGUUGAACUCAUCUAUAUUGUGUUUACUUUACAGGAAGGAUCCUGAGAAGUCAAUGAUAUGUAAAUACUAAAUUCAAGGCAGGGCACCUAUUAAUUGCGACAUCGUUAUAAUUAUUACAGCAGUAGGGCCUGAGGAUGUACAAUUGAACAGUUCCUGUUCUGACCUUCUUACAGGCUGGUUGGAAGACAUGCAGAGAGAGACAAUUACAAUGUGCCACUUAUUACGAUGAAGCUAUUUUUAGGUUAUCAUAGAGCCUAGAACUGUUUUAUCUGCUAAUGAGUCAUAGCAAACUUUAAGAGACCACCCAGGGGGAAAUUAUGAUGCCCUUGCAUGAUCAGGUGGUGUUUCUUCCAAGGGUUUUGUGAGUAGAGUGCCUGUGUGUUCCUUGCGAAGCUUUAACUGUGUGUUUCAAGAUUACCCUUACGUUUAUUUUCUUGCCCAUAAAAAACAAAAAAACGAAAAGAGGAACAGCUCUGAUGCAUUAGUCAUUUGUGAAUGUUAGUCCUGUUCUAACAUGAGUUUAUUUUGCAUUUCUGGCAUAGCCAGUACAUGCUGUCAUUUUGUCCUUUGUACCCUCAUAUUUGCCCUUUUUCCUCCCCCCUCCUCCUCUCCUCUCAAAACCGAUGGAGAAUUUUUCUUUUUCAUUGUUCUUCCUGAAAUAAAAUCAUCAACUUUUAAAGACAUCUAAAGUGAGAUUGCUGAAUAAUUAGAUAUAUUUCCAGUUAGUUUUUAACUGACGUUUCCCCUUAUGUUUCAAUGGCUUUUAUACAGGAAGACUCCUUCUGUGAAAAACUCAGGGAGAGAACUGUGGGGAAUGGGGAUGGGAGGGAAAGGAAUCACAAUAUGGUAUGGUUCCGAGAACAGAUCAAUUCAGGAUCAGACUCUGAAUUAUCUAUAACCAGAAAGAACACAAAAAUUAUUCUGAGAGGCAUAACUUGUACUUAGAAAGAGGUUCCUGUUUCUUAUGACUUUUCUUCAGGUUCUUUUGUCAAUACAACAUUACUUGGAGACUUCAUAUAAAAGCUGCUUCUGAUUUAGGGAAACUAUUGGCAAGAUAUUCCAAAGUGUAAUAUAUUUUUUCCCUCUUCCCCACUCUUUCUUCUAUUAGAAAAGUCAUGCUCAACUGGGCGCUGUGUCACAGGCCUUUAAUCCUAGCUUCUCUGGAAACUGAGGCAGAAGAAUUACAAGUUCCAGGCCAGCCUGGACAACUUAUGGAGACUCCAUCUCAAAAUAAAAAAAAUAAAAGGGGCCAGGGACAGAGUUGAGUGGUAGCCUUGAAUUCAAUCUUCAGGACCACAAAGAGAGAGAGAGAGAGAGAGAGAGAUGAUAAGGUUUUGCAUUAAGUGGUGAUCAUUGAAAAUGUUCAGUAAUGUUGUCAGUAAUGUUCACAAACCUGUCCCAAUGUGAAAGUUAUGAGCUUGAUUUUCCUUAUAUGAGUCAGCUAGCUUAACUUUGUUUUAAGGUAAAAGAUCCAUCUUUACUUCAAUGUGCAAACAGAAAAAGGUUUUACAUAUAUAGUUGAUACUUGUUAGGAGGCCACAAAUAUGCCACACUUAAAACUUUUCAGUGCUGGAAAACACUAAUAUGUCUUAAUUUAAGGAAUAUUGAACACACCAACCUUCUAUAUGAAAGAAGCCAUUAUGAACUCCGUUGAAUCUUCUGUAUCUCAAAUAUCGGGGCUGUGAUUCAUCUGCAUGUGAAAAUCACCCAUGAAAUUAUAAAAUUCUCCUUUAUCUUGCAUUUAUUAUAAUACAUAAGAAUAUGUAGUAGAGUGUUCUAAAGUUACAAUAGAUGUUAAACAAUCAUGGUUGCAGUCAGGAGAACACCACCGAAUAUGGAUACUUAUUUUCAUUGGAGAGAAAAAAAUUACCAUUACUAAAGUAGAUUGCUGAUUGAAAUUUCUAAAGAAAACUAACUCAAGGGUUUUCACUGUUUGAUUUUUGAUUGGUGAUCCAGUUUGCUCUGGUCCAGUGACUCUUAAAUUUGGGAAUGCAUGAGAAUCAGCUGAUUUGAAAUUAGAGUACAUGGGCAUGGGAGUAGAAAAUCUGUAAUUCUAAAAUUGACAAUCAGUAAUCUUGGGAAAACAUUAGUCCUAUGAUUUUAGAAUUUUUGCUUGUUUCUCUGAAUGUUGUGGGUUUUUUUCCCCUCGCUUGUUCUUUUGUUUGUUAGCAACCUUUCCCCUCGAUCUUACAAAAACUCGACUCCAAAUGCAAGGAGAAGCUGCUCUUGCUCGGUUGGGAGACAGUGCAAGAGAAUCUGCCCCCUAUAGGGGCAUGGUGCGCACGGCCCUAGGAAUCAUUGAGGAGGAAGGCUUUCUAAAGCUUUGGCAAGGAGUGACGCCUGCCAUUUACAGACACUGUACUCUGGAGGUCGGAUGGUCACAUAUGAACAUCUCCGGGAGGUUGUGUUUGGCAAAAGUGAAGAUAAGCAUUAUCCCCUUUGGAAGUCAGUCAUUGGAGGGAUGAUGGCUGGUGUUAUUGGCCAAUUUUUAGCCAACCCAACUGACCUAGUGAAGGUUCAGAUGCAGAUGGAAGGAAAAAGGAAACUUGAAGGAAAACCAUUGAGAUUCCGUGGCGUGCAUCAUGCAUUUGCAAAAAUCUUAGCUGAAGGAGGAAUACGUGGGCUGUGGGCAGGCUGGGUACCCAAUAUACAAAGAGCAGCGCUGGUGAAUAUGGGAGAUUUAACCACUUAUGAUACAGUGAAGCACUACUUGGUAUUGAAUACACCACUUGAGGACAAUAUCACGACUCACGGUUUAUCCAGUUUAUGUUCUGGACUAGUAGCUUCUAUUUUGGGAACACCAGCUGAUGUUAUCAAAAGCCGAAUAAUGAAUCAACCACGAGAUAAACAAGGAAGGGGACUUUUGUAUAAAUCAUCAACUGACUGCUUGAUUCAGGCUGUUCAUGGUGAAGGAUUCAUGAGUCUAUAUAAAGGCUUUUUACCAUCUUGGCUGCGAAUGGCUAUCCAAGGAGACCCAGCACACUGUUUUCUAAAGAAGAAUGGAACCCUGACUACUUUCACCUUGGGCAAGACGGUUUGGCCCUUGAGAUGCUGUUUUGUUCUGAAGAGACUGCUUAGAAGAAGUCAGCAGGAGGGAGCCAGCAUCUCACAGCUGAAGUAGACAAUAGGAAUGUGGAAGAAUAUAUAUGUAGUGCUUAAGAAAUACUUUUAACCUGUUAUGUCAGUGUUUAUAAUUGAAGUUUGACAAUCCACUCUUCUGUUGUUGUAAAGUGUAUAUAUUGUAAAUUAAAGGGAGGUAAAUGAAAAUUCAUGAAAAAAGCAUCUUGAGUUUCCCUAGUGUUGAAGGAAAUGGAUGUACAUUUUCUUGCAAGGAGGAUAAAAAAUAAAUGUAAAGUUGAGAUGAUGUUUGGAUGUCAAGCAAAGCUACUUGCUGUCAAUGCCCAUCCUUCAGUCUGUGUUCAUUGGUUAGUGGUCCACUACACUUGCUAGUAACUUCCCCUGACAGCCACAGACUCUGAAUCGAGAUGAGAAAAGAGACGAGCAUUCACCUUGUUACAUGUCCCAUUACAAUACAGUUUUGUCAUUGAAUUUCAAGAAUCUUAUUAAGAAUCACAGUUGAGGGGCCAGGGUUGUAGUUCAGUAGUAGAGUGCUUUCCUGGCACAUGUGAGGAACUAGGUUUGAUCCUCAGCAACACAUAAAAAUAAAUAAAUAAAGGUAUUGUGUUCAUCUACCAAAAAAAAAUAAUAAAAAUAAAAGAAUCACAGUUGAUUUGGUUAAAAUUCAACUGUAUAGGUCCUUUUGUAAAAAGCAACCUUUGUUACCAUCAACCUUUCAGUGGUAUUCUAAAAGCAAGACUGAUAUGAAGUCAGUCAACUCUGACGUGUGUCCUUUCUUACCUCCCUUUCCUAAUAUUAAGGGAAGGAAGGAGGGAGAGGGGAGAGAGAGAGAAAGAAAUCACAUCCUACUAACACUGAAUCUUACUCAGUUUGACAGAGCUCCCUGCCUAAAAUGUUAUAAGUAUAAACUGUCUAUGGUAUGUAGUCAUGUACCCAAUCUUUGAAUCAAAUCACUUUUAUUUUAGAAAGGUAGAUUUCUCCAGAUUCAUCUGUGUCCCACAUUCUCCCCAGCCUUAGACAAUGGACUGUCCUGGAUGGAUUGCUGCAGUUAUGGAAAAAGACUAUAACUGUUAAAAUAGGAAAACUCAAAAAGCUCAGGCCCAAGAAAGACCCGGGAGCUAACAAAGUAGAAUUUGUUAUGAUGGACAUGGAUGAUGUUGGACAGAAAUAAGUUUACAAGUGCUCUGUGGUUGCACUGAUGUAUAAUCACUGCCAUUUUAAGAGGGGGAAGUACACUUCAAAAUCUAUUUUAAUGUGAUGCAAAAUGUAGAGUUUAAUCUCUUCAAAUCCUCUUUAGGUCAUUUUUCCAUUACAUUUGCCAAUCUGUAAUUGAAUUGUCAAAUGUACUAAAUGUUUAUUAUGUGCUUAAAUCCCCAGUGUUCUGCAUUGAACAACUUUGGGGAAAUUUUGGUUUUUUUAUGUUUUGUAACUUAUAAAAUUAAGUGAAAACUGUAUCAAAAUAAUUACAUGCAACUGAAUUUAAAAAAAAGAUUUAGCUUUAUUCUUUGGGGGACUUGGGAUUAAAACAUAAAUAAGUUCCUUGGUAUCUGAAUCAACAUGAAUGACUGGAAUUUUUAACCUGAAACAAUUCCUUGGAGUCAUCUGGUUUAACCCUCUUCUUUUACAUAUCAGGAAACUGAGGCUCAGAGAAGUACAGUUGUUCAUGUUCAUAGUGACUUAACAGCAGAGCCAGGAUAAAAAUGCAGAUCUUUCUAAUUAUUAUUAUUAUUACAGCUGAUAGCUAUUGUGCACCAAUUAAGUACCAGGUAAAUGUCUUACAUCACCUUCACAACAACCCAGCCCAGCACUGUUGCAUCUUCCAAAAACAGGUUUUCUUUUUCGUUUUUUUGUCUCAUACAUUUUAAAUGAAUCUGAAUUUCUUCCAGUACAAAUUUUAGAAUGGAGUCACUAUGCUCUGGCUUGGACACUUAAUCUGAAUCCUUAAUCUGACUGAAUCCUGCAUAUCUUACAUAUAUUCCAUCGCAGUCAGACUUCUCCAGUGAAAUCAUUCAUUAAUUAUUUUGGUUUAUUUUUGCCAACUUAGGAUCUUCUUGUUCCUUUCCAAAAUAAUCUGGUAAAUCAAAAGGAAUACAAAUUUCUGUGAUAUUUUGUACAUAUUCAUACACUUCACAAUUCCAGUUCUCAGUUUCUUAUUAUAGUACUACUCUGUGUGGUGCUUCUUUACUUCUCUUUAGCUCCAUAUUGGUAAUAUUUGACAUUUCAGUCCUUUGCUUUGCUUUCACAUUUUUUCUCUUCUCAGAUGAUUUUUUCCAAGUAUAUGUGUGUGUGUGUGUG